CCCAUGAGUUUUACCCACGGACAAUGAAAACAAUACUAGCAAAGUACCAUUUAAUGGGUUAUUCUAAGGGGCCCUAAGUUCAAAUUGCAUCAUCGCCGCUGGGUAUAAAUUGUUGAUCAGAUCAUCUUUACUACCAAAAAAUUUAGGGAGCAAAUCAAGUCAAAGCUGAAAGAGGCUCGUCAUCAGGGGCAGGGUUUUGGAGCAGGCAGAGGAAUGGGCAUGGCGAUCCCUCGUGUUGGUAUUAUUCUUUUCAUAUGCGGAUUAUUACUGGCCUUUCCAUGUCUCCAAGUUGUCAUGUGUGAUGAUGCUUCUGCUGGAGCUGUAGAAGUUGGAGAAGAUGGGGAGCUUGGAAUUGUUGGUGAUGGUGUCCAAGAUUCUGUGGAUUCAGUUUUAGGACCUGCUUCAGGAGUAGAUACAAUUUGUUUUUUCCCAAAAAAUUCUGACAAAUUGAUUCCAGCAGGCGGGGAAACAGAGAUACUUGUGGGAAUCAAUAAUGAAGGGGAGUCUUCUUUGAAGGUGCUUUCAAUCAAAGCUACCCUUCAUUUACCGUAUUAUCACGGGAUGCUUGCGCAAAACCUUACAGUACAGGAAUUUGUAAAUGCCACAGUGCUUCACUCAGCUCAAGCAACAUUUCCAUAUUCCUUUACUGUGAACAAGUACUUACAGCCUGGCGAGUUUACCCUUGUAGGCAGCAUGUUUUAUGAGAUAGAUGAACAGCUGUACCAAGCUGUGUUCUACAAUGGCACUGUUGAAGUUGUUGAGGGUACAGGAAUAUUAAGCGGCGAAACACUCUUUUUAGUUACUCUUGGACUGGCCCUGGUAGGCCUUUCUGGCAUUUGGAUUUAUGGGCAAAUUCAGCGAAUUUCUAAGAAAACCAAGAGGACAAAGAACGUGGAGGUUGGAACAAGAAGUGCAGACACAACAAAUGAGUGGCUUCAGGGAACCGCCUUUACCCAAACUCUUGCUAAAAGCAUAUCUCAGUCACAGAAGUCAAAGAAAAAGAAGUAGAGCUGAAAGGAGUUUGCAUUGAAUAGGAGCUUCUUGGUGAUGGAUGCUUUGGAAACUAAUAUCCAGAUGCUGGAUGCUUUCUAUUGUUGAGGUCUUUGCAUUUUUCUUUUUGUGAAGGCGAUGGUGUUAGAUACAGAAAUCUAGUUAACCUUUAAUCUUAACCUGUUCUCCUCUUUGGGCAAGGUUACAUUCUCUCAAAAUUUUAGAGAAGACAGGUCUUUUACCAUUGAUACUGAGCUCAAAUAACGUUAUCACCUAACCUGGCAAUCAUGUUGGAAUUUCAAAAUUUUCCUCAUCCUUGAUGCAAGCUUUAUUCCAUCGCAUUAAAGCGGCUUUGGAUUUCCCAUAAAAAGUGUGAAUUAGAGCUGUUAUAAAUAAUUUGAAACUAAUUGGAAAUGGUUUGUGAAUUA